CUGGCGGCACUGACUGGCACAACCCCUGGGUAUACCCCUUCCCUGGGCACUGACUGGUGGCAUUGGUGGGUGGCAUUGGUGGGUGGCACUGGUGGGUGGCACUGGUGGGUGGCACUGGCACCUUGUGGGUGGCACUGGUGGGUGGCACUGGUGGGUGGCACUGGUGGGCACAGGUGGGUGGGCAUAGGUGGGUGGCACUGCUGGGCACAGGUAGGUGGCACUUCUGGGCACAGAGUGGCACAGGUGGGUGCACUGCUGGGCACAGGUGGGUGCACUGCUGGGCACAGGUGGGUGGAGCUAGUGGGCGCACUGCUGGGCACAGGUGGGCGG